CCUCCCACUCCCAGUCCACUUCUCUUCCUUCCUUCCUUCCCCACCGGCUCCGAUCCGAAGGACGAACCCCGCACAAGACAACAAGUAAAUCCCCAUCCAUAGCUAUCCAAGAGCCCCAAAUCAGAUGCUCUCUCCUGCCACCACCUUCUCCUCCUCCUCCUCCUCCUCGUCGCCGUCGCGCGCCCACGCUCGCGCUCCCACCCGCUUCGCGGUCGCAGCAUCCGCGCGCGCCGCACGGUUCCGCCCCGCGCGCGCCAUGGCCGCCUCCGACGACCCCCGCGGCGGGAGGUCCGUCGCCGUCGUCGGCGCCGGCGUCAGUGGGCUCGCGGCGGCGUACAGGCUGAGGAAGCGCGGCGUGCAGGUGACGGUGUUCGAGGCGGCCGACAGGGCGGGUGGGAAGAUACGGACCAACUCCGAGGGCGGGUUCAUCUGGGACGAAGGGGCCAACACCAUGACAGAGAGUGAAUUGGAGGCAAGCAGGCUUAUUGACGAUCUUGGCCUACAAGGCAAACAGCAGUAUCCUAACUCACAACACAAGCGUUACAUUGUCAAAGAUGGAGCACCAACACUGAUUCCCUCAGAUCCCAUUGCGCUCAUGAAAAGCACUGUUCUUUCUACAAAAUCAAAGCUCAAGCUAUUUCUGGAACCAUUUCUCUAUGAGAAAUCUAGCAGAAGGACCUCGGGAAAAGUGUCUGAUGAACAUUUAAGUGAGAGUGUUGCAAGUUUCUUUGAACGCCACUUUGGAAAAGAGGUUGUUGAUUAUCUUAUUGAUCCAUUUGUGGCUGGAACAAGCGGAGGAGAUCCUGAGUCAUUAUCAAUUCGUCAUGCAUUUCCAGCAUUAUGGAAUUUGGAGAAUAAGUAUGGCUCUGUCAUUGCUGGUGCCAUCUUGUCCAAACUAUCCACUAAGGGUGAUUCAGUGAAGACAGGAGGUGCUUCGCCAGGGAAAGGAAGGAAUAAACGUGUGUCAUUUUCAUUUCAUGGUGGAAUGCAGUCACUAAUAGAUGCACUUCACAAUGAAGUUGGAGAUGGUAACGUGAAGCUUGGUACAGAAGUGUUGUCAUUGGCAUGUUGCUGUGAUGGAGUCUCUUCUUCUGGUGGUUGGUCAAUUUCUGUUGAUUCAAAAGAUGCUAAAGGGAAAGAUCUCAGAAAGAACCAAUCUUUCGAUGCUGUUAUAAUGACUGCUCCAUUGUCUAAUGUCCAGAGGAUGAAGUUUACAAAAGGUGGAGUUCCCUUUGUGCUAGACUUUCUUCCUAAGGUCGAUUAUCUACCACUAUCUCUCAUGGUAACAGCUUUUAAGAAGGAAGAUGUCAAAAAACCAUUGGAAGGAUUUGGUGCCUUGAUACCCUAUAAGGAACAGCAAAAGCAUGGUCUCAAAACCCUUGGGACCCUCUUCUCCUCGAUGAUGUUUCCAGAUCGAGCUCCUAAUGAUCAAUAUCUAUAUACAUCUUUCAUUGGGGGGAGCCAUAAUAGAGACCUCGCUGGGGCUCCAACGGCUAUUCUGAAACAACUUGUGACCUCUGACCUAAGAAAGCUCUUGGGUGUUGAGGGACAACCUACUUUUGUGAAGCAUGUACAUUGGAGAAAUGCUUUUCCUUUAUAUGGCCAGAAUUAUGAUCUGGUACUGGAAGCUAUAGCAAAAAUGGAGAACAAUCUUCCAGGGUUCUUUUACGCAGGAAAUAACAAGGAUGGGUUGGCUGUUGGAAAUGUUAUAGCUUCAGGAAGCAAGGCUGCUGACCUUGUGAUCUCUUAUCUUGAAUCUUGCACAGAUCAGGACAAUUAGCAUUUAAGGUAUCUGACCUUAAGCAAUUUCAGACAAAUUUGCUCACUUUAUGUAAAUUGAAAAGGUUCACAUGAUUUCCAGUUUCAUAUUUUUCUCUUGCUAUAGUAUAUCCACUCAUGUAAAGAUGGGAACAUAGUCCUAAAAGACAUUAUGGUCGCUUGAGAUGCUCAUGUUUUUUUGAACAGUGAUUCUUGACUUGUACUAUUUUUUGACAACCAAAUAAAUUUCUCAAUGUUUCCGAGAA